CGCGUCAUUCGUCCUUUGACCCCCCUUUUUUUUCUUUUUUCUUUUUUUCGAGCAGGCGACACCUCACUAUUUUCCCCUUCUCUUCCUUCCCCUUGUUCACCUGAUUGUCGGCAGCUCUGUUGCUCGCAACGAUUAUCAUCAUCAGAACAAAACAAGCCUUUUUGUUUUUCUUCCAAGCUCAACACAAAAUUCGCCAUGGAACUCCCCUUGGAAGCGCAGAUGCGUGCAGGCAUACCGUUCACCUUUGCUAGCCUGACUGCGACCACCGUGACAGCGGCAGCCGACAAGGCAGGCGUGACGACGUCCACCACCACCGGCUCGUCCCCCCAGCGCGGCCGCCCCUCUGGCUCCCGCUCGGCCAACCAUGCUCCUGAGUCCCGCACCGCCACCAGCAAGCGCCAGCGACUGGACGAAGACGCAGAGUCGGAAGACGAGGACUUUGACGAGGACGACACGUUGGAUGACUCGGAAGAGGACUCGGACGAGCCCAAAUCCAACCAGAAGCGCAAGCAGCAACAAGCACAGCAAGCACAAGCACAACAACCACAGCAGCAGCAACCACAGCAGCAAAUGCAGCAAAUGCAGCAAAUGCAGCUGGCCCACCCUGCCUUGCCACACCCGCUCCUGCGCGAUGGAUCGAGCGACUCGACAGGAUCCAUCCCCAGGCCUGCGAGUAUGACGCAUUACAUGGCGCCGAAUGGCACUCCUCUGACCCGCGCGCAACAACGCGAGGCUGCUUCCAUCGUCCGGAAGGUCAGCCACCGUGCCAUUGAGCGCCGCCGUCGGACCAAGAUCAACGAGCGUCUGCAAGCGUUGCGGGACUUGAUUCCUGGCGGCGCUGGCGGUGGCUCGGCCAUGCUGCACAAGGCCGUCGUGCUCGACAAGGUGCUCAUGUACAUGGAAGCCCUCGUCAAGGACAAUGCCAUUCUCCGCGAGCAAGUCGUCAAGCUGGGCGGCACUCCCGAGCCUGCGACCAUGGUGGCCGAGAUUUCGGCUGCCACGACCGCCAAACUCGAGUCGCAAGGGUCUGAGUCGCCCGUCCAAGUCAUGAAGAUUGUCGUGUCCCCGCCGCCUGCGCGAAUCCAACCCAAGGGCGACGCACAGCAGCCGCAGCCGCAGCAGCAGCAGCAGCAGCAACUCACACCUCAACCACAGCCGCAGUUGCCCCAACGCCCUCAACAGCAGCCACAACAACAACAGCAGCAGCAGCAGCAGCAGCAACAACAACAACAACUACAACAUCAGCAGCAGCAGCAACAACAACCUCCGAUGCAGUUGCUCCAGCACAUGCCUGCGAUGGGCAUGCCCAUUUCGCAACACCUGUCCCCCAUGAUGCCGUUCCAGGCUCAGCCCCAGCAACAACAACAACAGCAGCCACAACAGCAACAACAGCAGCAGCAACCACCUCAGCAGCUGAUGAUGCAGCAGCCUUCUGGUCCGCAAGCUCCGCAGCAGAUGAUGCAGCCCAUGUACGCCCAGCCGCAUCACGCAUACAUGCCGAUGAUGCAGAUGCCCAUGCCAGGCAUGCAGUACUCUGCCCCUCCGUCGCAGCCGAUGAUGAUGCAGCCAAUGCCCUACAUGCAAACCCUCUCCCAACAGCCCCAGGCUGCCCAGUCGUUCGGCUACGUCAUGCAAGACUCGGCCAUGUACAUGCAAAACCGCGCACCUCAGCCAAUGCUGCCACCUCAACAACCAUCAUCACAGCAACAACAGCCACAACAGCAGCAACAACAACAACAGCAGCAGCAACUGCAGCAAGCACCAGGGCAACACUUUGACGCUGCACAAGGCCUGUUGCGUCUUGCAUAAGGCAACGUCUGUUAUUUCUGCUCUCCUCCUCCUCCUCUUCUGCCUCCUCGUAAAAUCAAACCCCCAAAAACACUUUUGCUCGAGCGACCGCCAUUUCAAGCACACCCGCUGCUUGUCUGCAAAGGUUUUCAGUUUGUCAAUGCGUUUUCGUUACUUGACUCGCGCGUUUUUUUACAUUCUUCUUUUGUUUGAAAGCCUUCCCUUCGUCAUGUUAAUCGUCCCGAUUUAGAUUGUUCGUCGUCUUUGCUAGGUGUGUAUCUGGCUGCCUUCUUUUGUUCUUCUUGUGUUGGUUUUGGACUCUUUCUGUGCAUGCAAUCUUCAAUACAUUCCUUCUCAAGUUCACGGA